AUGGACAAUAAAAAACCAUCCGAUAUACCGUCCCCAUUUGAUAAGAUUUUCGAGCACUACCACACCUUCAAUGCAGUGCAGUCCUCGCUGCUCGACGUAUUGCUACAUACCAACAAAUCUGUGGUGCUUAGUGCACCAACUGGCUCUGGCAAAACUGUGGCCUUUGAAUUGGCAAUUGUGCGUAUGUUACUCGACCACCAACAGUCUCACACAAUCAACUCCAGUCAGACAGUGUACACCACCGUAGCAACAAAGGCAAUUUAUGUAGCACCGAUUAAGGCACUUUGUGCCGAACGAUUUGACGAUUGGAAGGCGCGUUUUGAGGUUGUCGGUGUAAAGUGUUUACUCAUCACCGGUGAUAGUGAACUGGAUGAGCUAGCACGAUUGCGCGAUGCUCAAGUGAUUAUAACGACACCAGAAAAAUGGGAUUCAUUGACACGUCACUGGCGUGACUGCCGGGACGCCAUCAGUUCAGUGCGACUCUUUCUUAUUGAUGAAGUCCACUUGUUGAAUGAAGAUAUACGCGGCCCUGUGCUAGAAGCGAUAGUCUCACGUAUGCAUACCAUUGCUCGUGAUACAAUGAUCGAGCCUUUGCGGUACGUGGUCGCUUCAGCCACUAUACCAAAUGUGCAGGACAUAACGCGUUGGAUUGCUCGCGUCGGACCUGAUCGAAAUGGCGCAAAUAAUUUAUCUAUUCAUGAAAACGUCAUACAUUUCGUUUUUUCAGACGCCGAUCGUCCUGUGCCGUUAGAAAAGUAUGUGUUAGGUUUCAAUUCAUGUUUACGAGGAUUUAAAUUUGAUAUGAGCCUCAAUUACAAAUUAAUGGGCAUUUUGAGGAAAUAUUCUGAGUGUAAAGCUACUUUGAUUUUCUGUAAUUGUCGAAAGUCUGCUGAAAUGGCAGCAACAGCCUUAGAAACAAAUAUUACUACACAUUUCGCACUUAGUGACCAACAGAAGGCAAAUCUAACACACCUAUCACAGAGCUUGCACGACAUUAAACUGCGCAAAUUGACCGCACAUGGCAUCGCUUACCAUCAUGCUGGCAUGAGUCUAACUGAUCGCAACCAAAUUGAGGAUAGCUUCCGUCAGGGCAACUUAAUGGUUUUGCUCUGCACCAACACUUUGGCAAUGGGUGUCAAUUUGCCAGCACGUCUUGUGGUCAUCAAGUCAACUGAGUAUUAUCACCAAGGAAAAAUGAUGGAAUAUCCAGAGAGUACAUUGCUACAAAUGAUUGGACGCGCUGGACGGCCACAAUAUGACACAAAAGGUGUUGCCGUAAUAUUAACGCACAGCCGAAAUGUGCUAUAA